GUUUGGAAUGAUCCAAUUCAAUACGUCUUAUUGGAGUAUCCAACCCAUUCAAAUUAAUUUUGAUUCGGACUGGUCUAACCCAAACCGGGUCCAUUGACACCCCUGGGUGGGUGGCAUGGCAUUUCAACUAACUUGCACCUGUUCUCUAUUUUGUCGCUUGAUAGGGCUGACAACUUCGUUUAACUUGAAGAAAGGUAAAAACUUGGGAAUUUAGCAAAAUUUCGUUAGGAGAAGUCAGUGACUUAGCCACAAAUUGGAAAAGGGUGCCUGGAUUAGAGGAUCUAUCAGUCAAAGAAACGAUCGAACAGAGAAUUCAACUUAAAACAAAGGAUCGUUUUCUUCUCUUUGUGUUCCCAAAAUGGAAAAUGACAGAAACUAAAGCGGUUGCAAACAAUGAAACCAGAGAUUUCUUUCUCCAUCUCUUUAAUCUCUGUAUCUAGUAUGUAUGUCUUUAUCUUCAUUUGCAGUUUUUUAUAGUAAUAGAAAAAUUCACAUCCAAAUGUAAGUUCUGUAUUUUCUUGUUUUUAUUUUUUCUGGAUAUCAGAAAUUGCUCAAAGAUUUGAUUUUGAUAACUUUUGGAAGUGGGAGAUGGGAAUGAAUGAUUUGAAAAGAGAACUUUGAUUCUUCUUGUUUUAUCUCCAAUUUUGGAUUCUUCUUAUAUUGUUUUUUUCUUAAAAAACAUUGUUAUAUAAUAUAACGAAGAUAUAUAUGCCUCUAGAUGCAAUGGAGAUGGUAGUUGUUAUCAGAAAUCUGAUCUCGUCCAUCUCAGCUUCUUGUAGAUGGGUUCGGAAUCAUCCUUUGAUUUUGGGUGUAGUUAUAUUUUUGUAUUUUCUGUAUAGAUUUCUCCCAUCUUUGUUUGGUUUUUUGCUUUCUUCUUCCCCUAUUCUUGUCUGUACCGCUGUUCUUCUUGGAACCUUCUUCAAUUUCGGAACUAACAACAUCCCCAAAGAUGAAGAUGGAACGAACAGGACCAGUCAGGUUGGUUCUCUGAAGGGAGCUGGUGGAAAAGAUCAUAGCUCUUCUGCAGGAACUGAUAAAGAUAACAGGAGGGAUUUCGAAGGCAAGACAGUAAGAAGGAUUGAUUUGAGCAAAAGAAUUGCAGGAGACAAGGGCAGAAAAACGGUUUUCACAUCAGUGCGAACUAAUAGAUCCAUCAUUUUCAGUGAAGAAAAGCCUAAAGAUGUCAAUAAGGAGGCGAUCAAAGAAGAGAGAAACAAUCAGGAGAAGGAAAGCAAGAGCCUCAAAUUGGAGCCCACAGGUGAAUUUUCUUUCGAAUCGUCUCGAGAUUCGUCUUCGAAACAGAUGGAAGAUCGUGUCGAUGAGCUUGAUCCACUUUCACGUUCCUUCGAUGCCGCUUCUGAGAAAUCCAGCGAAGAUAGUACUGCAUUGGAGGAGAUUGAAAGCCAAGAAGAAACAGAAGAUGCACAGAGGGCUCAAGAGGACGGAAGUAAAGCCGUAGAAUGGACAGAGGAUGACCAGAAGAAUCUCAUGGAUCUGGGGACUUCCGAGCUGGAAAGAAACCAGCGGCUGGAGAAUCUAAUUGCGAAGCGAAGAGCAAGGAAACUGUUGAGAAUGGAGGCUGAGAAGAAUCUGAUAGACUUCGACAGUAAUGACCUUCCUGUCCAAAUUCCUCCCAUUUCAACAAUAAGAACCAACCCUUUCGAUCUUCCUUACUGCCCUAAUGACACCACGGGCUUACCACCAAUUCCUGGUUCUGCUCCUUCUGUACUAUUACCAUCUCAGAACCCUUUUGAUCUUCCUUAUGACCCGUUAGAAGAAAAACCCAAUCUCAUGGAGGACAACUUUCAGGAAGAAUUCAUGGCAGCUCAACCCAAGGACUUCUUCUUUUGCAGGCAUGAGAGCUUUAGUUUGGGUCCUUCAUUCCCACUCCCAUGUGAACCUAGGCAAAACAUGCGCGACCUUAAGUUCCCUCCCUUUUUUGUCCCCCAACGGAUGCCACCAGAGAAGGCGACACACUUUCCCCCAUUCCCAGGGCAAUCUUUGGGUGCACGGUCUGCACCUGAUUCCUCCGGUGAAGAAAGCCAAUCUUCAGAAGAAGAAGCUGAUUCUAUAGAGAUUAAUGAUCAAGCAUCUAAGACAGAUAAUCUGGGUAUGAGCUCGCCACAAAUAACCAAAGAAAAUAUAAAGCCAACCAUAGGUGGCGUUGCAGAGGAAUCCAGCAAUUCCAUGCAACCAUCGCUCAGGGACUCUUAUCACAUGGGGCUGCAGGUCGCAGACGAAGUGUACGACAGUCGAGUAAAUGAGCAGCCUGUAUACGAUUCGAGCCCAUCAGCGACCGAGAAAAUGACCAUAGAAGAAGCUUUGCUUAACGUGAAGAAGAGAGGACACGAACAUCAUACCCAAUCCAUAGCUUCUGAUUUGCAGGUAGAGGUAUCAGAAGUGGGCUCUCCAAUGUCAAUCGUCUCGAUGAGUGAUGGGAAAUCCUUACUGAACGAGAGAAGCAUCCCCGAUGACGACACCAGUUCCAUCGAUGAGCUUGCGUCGUGGUCUGCCUCUUCUCACCUACGCGAUGUUGACGAAAUUGAAUCGAGAUCCAAGGGAGUGUCAAUGAUCAGCGAGCGUGAUGUUAUAAAAGUUGGAUUUAUGGGGCUAAGCCGGAGCUCUAAAGAUUUGACCAUAGGCAUCGCACCUUUGCCACCCCCGGCACCGGACGAGUUGGAUUUUGAAGAUGGCUCGGUCGAUACGAUUACUCCCCCUUCUCCCAAUCCCAUGACUGAAGCAGCAGCUAACGAAGGUUCCAUGGACCAUGAAAAAACACAGCCUCCCAAGGACAACUCCACAGUGCAACUCUCUCGUCAUGCCGGUCCUGAGAAACAAAAGGUAAACGAGAGACCAACACUCAUAAACACUGAUGUAAAGCAGGAAGAAUCCGUCCUCCCCAGAUCCAGUGAAGAUGGUAUAGUUCACAAGAACACAAACGAGUCAGUGGUCAAGGAAACGGAGAAGGAUGGUUCAAAGUCCACCAAAGCUAUUGAAGACGAUUCUGAUAAUAAGAAUGUAAAACCAGCAGAGCCAAAGGAAGGCGAUAUCAGGCAUGAAGCAGAAGUGAAGAAACCUGUCACUGAAGCUACUCUCAAAGAGACAACACCGAAAGAAGAAGCAGCUGGGCCUGCCAUGUCUCAAUUGCUCAAAGAACAAAAUCUUACGAGGACUGGUUCCGAGCCACGAGUUCCUUGAGGAAAAAAAUCUGCAAGAAAAUUGUUUUGAACCUUAUAUAAGGAAGAUCCCUAAUGGCGUGCAGACCGUUGAAAAGCAACGAGGUCAAAGUAGAAAUGGAACUUGUCUAACCGUUUAUCUAAUAUAAUCAAUCUCCCAAAUAUAUAUUUUUGUAAUAGAUGCGUGAAGAAUCUACAUGCCAAACUCGAUGUUGUUCAUUCAUUGGAGUCUAGGAAGAGGUUGCCGAGGACAUGGUAAAAUUGUAAGAAUUCAAUUGUUGCUUCACACACUCAAGUGUGCAGUAAUGAUGCAAUUCAUUUUGUAUUUAUUUUUCCAAAGCUUGUUCUAGAUUAUUGUCCCAGUUUAACCUCCAGAAUUCAUGUUGAUGUUGAACUAACCAGAUUGGCAUAUGCUUCGCUAUAAGAAAGAAUCCAAGAACUGGGGAGAGUAUAAAUUUACCCUGUAUAUAUCCAUACUACGGACAACAUUCAGGCUCCAUUUGUUUGAUAUACAAUUUAAUUUACAAGUAAAACUUAAAAUAAAUAGAGAUCAGAAUUUGCAUUACUCAUUUGCACUCCCAUGCUUUUCCACCAGUAUAAAUGAAAUUGCAUGGCAAACAAACUAGAACUUGUGUGUGUGUGUGUUUUUAUGAGAAUAUGCAACUCAAGACAGAUACUUCAAAAACCAAAAAGCAGAAACUAAACAAACUAGAUCUUGUGUUUUUUUUUUUUUUUUUUUUUUGAGAAUAUGCAACUCAAGACAGAUUCUUCAAAAACCAAAAAGCAGAAACUCAAUACAAUGGUCAGUCAUAGACUCAUAGUUUCUCAAUCACCGAGCGAGGAAAGAUCCUCUGAUUUGAUUUUAGUUUUUUUAUUGGCAGAAUUACAACAAGAGUCUAUAAACAUUCAAGAAAACACCAAACAUCAGUAACGAAUUAAAUAA